GCUCCCAGAGCCUGCGGGUGCAGCAAGAUGGCGGACGGUGACGGCUUAGGUGAAGCAGCGACUGCUGCGGCAUCUCCUCCCGCACCUGCUCCCGGCCAAAGCCUGUCCCUGGGCUGGAGGGAGCGGCUGCGGGCUGGGCUGGCUGGGACUGGGGCCUCGCUGUGGUUCGUGGCGGGGCUGGGACUGCUUUACGUUCUGAGGGUCCCGCUGAGGCUGUGUGAGAAUUUGGCAGCGGUGACAGUAUUUUUAAAUUCAUUGACGCCCAAAUUCUAUGUGGCACUUACAGGAACAUCUUCUUUGAUAUCAGGACUAAUAUUUAUGUUUGAAUGGUGGUACUUCCAUAAGCAUGGCACGUCUUUUAUUGAGCAAGUAUCUGUGAGCCAUUUGCGACCUCUGAUGGGAGGAACGGAGAGCAGCAUUUCAGAGCCAGGUUCUCCUUCUAGCAACAGAGAAAGUGAAACCAGCAGACAGAAUUUGUCAGAAUGCAAAGUAUGGAGGAACCCUCUAAAUCUUUUCAGAGGAGCAGAAUAUAGGAGAUACACUUGGGUGACUGGUAAAGAGCCACUUACCUACUAUGACAUGAAUUUGUCAGCUCAGGACCAUCAGACCUUUUUCACCUGUGACACGGACUUUUUACGUCCUUCAGACACAGUUAUGCAGAAGGCAUGGAGGGAAAGAAAUCCUCCAGCUCGAAUCAAAGCAGCCUAUCAAGCUUUAGAAUUAAACAAUGACUGUGCCACUGCAUAUGUUCUACUGGCUGAGGAAGAAGCAACAACUAUUGUGGAUGCUGAAAGGUUAUUUAAACAGGCACUCAAGGCAGGAGAGACAAUUUACAGGCGGUCACAGCAGUGCCAGCACCAAAGUCCUCAGCACGAAGCUCAACUGAGAAGAGAUACGAAUGUACUGGUAUAUAUUAAAAGAAGAUUAGCAAUGUGUGCAAGAAAAUUAGGAAGAAUAAGAGAAGCAGUAAAAAUAAUGAGAGAUCUGAUGAAAGAAUUUCCUCCUCUUACCAUGUUGAACAUCCAUGAGAAUCUCCUAGAAUCACUUUUAGAAUUACAGGCCUAUGCAGAUGUUCAGGCAGUCCUAGCAAAAUAUGAUGAUAUAAGCCUUCCAAAGUCAGCAGCAAUCUGUUACACAGCAGCACUAUUGAAGACAAGGACUGUUUCAGAUAAAUUCUGUCCUGAAACAGCCUCCAGAAGAGGGCUAAGCAUGGCAGAAAUUAAUGCUGUGGAAGCAAUUCAUAGAGCUGUGGAAUUUAAUCCUCAUGUUCCAAAAUAUUUACUAGAGAUGAAGAGUCUAAUUUUACCUCCAGAACACAUUCUGAAACGAGGUGAUAGUGAAGCAAUUGCCUAUGCUUUCUUCCAUCUUCAGCAUUGGAAGAGAAUAGAAGGUGCUCUGAAUCUGUUACAGUGUACGUGGGAAGGCACUUUUAGAAUGAUUCCAUACCCUUUAGAGAAAGGCCAUCUAUUUUACCCUUAUCCCAGCUGCACAGAGACUGCUGAUAGAGAGCUAUUACCUACCUUUCAUCAUGUUUCUGUUUACCCAAAGAAGGAGCUUCCUUUUUUCAUCCAUUUCACAGCAGGACUGUGUUCUUCUACAGCAAUGAUAGCUCUUCUCACACACCAGUUUCCUGAAAUCAUGGGUGUUUUUGCUAAAGCUGUAAGUAUGAUCUCAAGGACUUGUGUAGAGUAUUUGUAAAACACACAAGAAACCAUCUCUGAUCUGUUUGUGCUAAGCCAGUUGAUCAGUGGAAGAUGUUUGUUAUAGUAAAUUACAGGAACUGAUUUGUAAAGUUGCUGCCAUAAAUAUGUCAAACAUAA